GUUUUUUCAAGUUUCAAGUUUUUUCUUUCAUCCAAACACUAAAAGAAGAGAAAAAAAGAACAAGAAACUUGUGCCAGCCCAUGGAAUUCAGUCCCAUGGUAUCACUAACGUUUUUGGUUGUCUGGUUAGUCCAGAUUUCAAGUUCUUUUUCUUCUUAUUCAGCUUAUGAUUUUCCGAUAGCCAAGCCCGGUUGCGUGGACCGUUGUGGCGAUGAAAGAAUUCCAUAUCCAUUUGGGAUGGGAGAAGGAUGUUAUUACCAUGAUCAAUAUUCGAAUUUCAGUGUGGAAUGCAACUCUUCCCAACUGAACACUCUGGGCAGCGGCUUCCCGAUCACAAAUAUAUCGCUGGGAGGACAGUUUCACACCUCGAAUUACGUAGGAUAUGAUUGUUAUGAUCAACACAAUCAAAGUACCAAGUCUAAUACUCCAUGGAAUAUCCUAGGGUAUCCCUAUACUUUCAAUAGCACAGCCAACAAGUUCAUUGUUAUUGGUUGUGACUCCGUCGCUGCAGUUCAAGGUACAACCAACUUGGGGGAUUACGCUACCGGGUGCUUCUCUUUAUGUAAUCGCAAGGCGGAUGUCACAGAUGGUUUGUGUUCCGGAAUGGGUUGUUGCCAGACAUUAAUACCAAAUGGAGCUUGGCAGAUUAAUGUUAGUUUGGCGAGCCUUUACAAUCACAGUUUCGUCUCGAGUUUCAAUCCUUGCAGUUUUGCUUUUGUGAUUGCGGAAGAUGCUUUUCAGUUUUCUGUUGAUAAUCUUACCAACUUGGUCGGGGUCGAAACUCUUCCGGUGAUCGUGGACUGGGCGAUUCCAAACAAUAACUGCGACGAGGCCAAAACAAACAAGAGCAGUUAUGCAUGUGGAAUGAAUACCAAAUGUUACGUAGAGAAUGGAACUUUGGGUUAUCGGUGUGGGUGCAAUCAAGGAUACGAGGGCAACCCUUAUCUAGGUUGCCAAGAUAUAGAUGAGUGUCGGAAUCCUAACCAAUGUGGAAAAUAUGGUGCAUGCACUAACAACGUGGGAAGUUAUGAAUGCAAUUGCAUUAAAGGGUACCAUAAGGACAGUGAUGUCAAUGGAAGAUGUGUUGCUAACAACAAAAAGAAAAUUUGGCCUAUUAUCGUAGGUGUUAGCCUAAGUGGGGGUGCAGCGUUUUUACUUGUCUUUUUGUUUUGUUUCUACUCCGCAUGGAUGAGAAGAAAAGAAAUGAUGUCUAGACAAAAUUUUUUCAAGAAAAAUGGCGGGGAGAUUUUACAACAAAAACUCAGUUCAACACAAGGAGGAGGCAUUAGAAUUUUCACACAUGUAGAACUACAAAUGGCCACAAAUGAUUUCAAUGAAAGCCAAAUAAUUGGUCGCGGAGGAUUUGGGACUGUUUUCAAAGGUCAGUUGGUAGACAAAAAGGUAGUGGCAAUCAAGAAGUCUAAAGGAGUUGAUGAACGCCAAGUUGACCAAUUUAUCAAUGAGGUAUUGUUGCUUUCCAAAAUCAAUAGUAGAUAUGUCGUAAAGCUGCUGGGUUGUUGUUUAGAGACAGAAGUGCCAUUGCUUGUAUAUGAAUACAUUGACAAUGGGACACUUUUUGAACAUUUGCACCACAAAGCAAAUGCAUCAAAGCUUUCUUGGAGCAUCCGUUUGCGAAUAGCAUCAGAAAUCGCGGGAGUGCUCUCAUACUUGCACUCUAUCGCUUCGCCUCCAAUAAUACAUCGGGAUAUAAAGUCUUCAAACAUACUUCUUGAUCACAAUUACACUGCAAAAGUAUCUGAUUUUGGGAUAUCAAGAUUAAUUUCUUCAGAUGAUGAUGAGGUGGCAACAAUGGUGCAAGGAACACUUGGUUACUUAGACCCCGAAUACAUGCAAACAGGUAUACUAACUGAGAAGAGUGAUGUUUACAGUUUCGGAAUUGUUCUGAUAGAGCUCAUAACAGGGAAAAAGGUAUUGGAAUCUAAUAAAUCCGAGGCUGAGAAAUUCCUAUCAAAUGGUUUCCUAGCUUCUUUGAAAGAAAAUCAUUUGGUCCGAAUGCUCGACAGUAGCAUAUCUUGCACAGAUAACAUCGAACAACUAAACGAAGUUGCGAUGAUUGCAAAAAGAUGCAUUAGUGUGAGAGGUGAGGAGAGACCAUGUAUGAGAGAUGUGGAAAGGGAACUCGUUUUAUUGGCAGCAAGAGCCAAGGAAAUAUCAAUUGAAGUUUUCCAGAUUGAUUCCUCCAAAAAUAAAGCCAUGCUUGGUAUGCAGUCAACUGAUUAUGGGAUCUGCGAUGAUUCCUCAUCUACCGGCCAAUAUUCCGCCUCUUACAUCACCACACAGCAGCCAUUGUUGGAUACUACAAUAUUGAGUGGUAGAUGAAGUGUAAAAAUUAAUACCAUAGUCACAAGUAUGUUUCUAUAAUAAAACCCAAAAUAGAGUAGACUGGUGCGCGACUAUUGAUUAGUAGUAGUAAUUGAUAUAUUAUCUUUGGAAAGGUGAAGAUUUUUAUUGCUAAGAUUUUCUGGUGUGUGCAUGCCUUCUAC